CUCUCCAUCUCUCUGCUCCCUCCCUGCAGAUCACCAGCCAGCAUGGCCGCCACCGCUGCUGUCAGCCCCAGCGAGUACCUGCAGCCCGCGGCCUCCACUGCCCAGGACUCCCAGCCCUCCCCGCUCGCCCUCCUCGCAGCCACGUGUAGCAAGAUCGGUCCCCCCGCUGUGGAAGCUGCUGUGGCUCCUCCUGCUCCUCCUCAGCCAACACCUCGGAAACUCAUUCCCAUCAAACCUGCUCCUCUCCCUCUGGGCUCCAGUAAGAACAGCUUUGGGAUCCUGUCGUCGAAAGGAAACCUCUUCCAGAUCCAGGGCUCUCAGGUUGGCACCUCCUACCCCGGGGGGCAGCUGGUGUUUGCCAUUCAGAAUCCAACUGUCAUCAACAAGGGGACACGUUCCUCCACCAACAUCCAGUACCAGGCAGUGCCCCAGCUCCAGGCCGUGGGGGGACAAACCAUCCAGGUCCAACCCAACCUCACCAACCAGAUCCAGAUUAUUCCAGGCACUAAUCAAGCCAUCCUCACUCCUUCCUCUUCCUCUCACAAGCCCGUGCCCAUCAAACCAGCUCCAGCACAGAAGGCUGGAGCUUCUCCAGCACAAGGCAACGUGGUCAAAUUAACUGGUGGCAGCAACGUGACUCUGACCCUGCCUGUGAACAACCUGGUGAAUCCCGCUGAGCAGGGCCCUCAGGCUCAGAUCCUUACAGAAAGCCCCUCAAAACCCAACAAAAAGCCUCGGAAGAAAGCCAUGUCCCCUGCCCACCCCACUGCCAUGGCCGUGGCCGAGCAGGUGGAGACCGUCUUGAUAGAGACCACGGCAGAGAACAUCAUCCAGGCAGGCAACAACCUGCUGAUCGUGCAGAGCCCAGGCUCGGGCCAGCCAGCUGUGCUGCAGCAGGUCCAGGUGGUGCAGCCCAAGCAGGAACCUCCGAUGGUGCAGAUCCCACAGCAGGCCCUGCGGGUGGUCCAGGCUGCCUCUGCCACCCUCCCCACCAUCCCCCAGAAACCCUCCCAGAACUUCCAGAUCCAGACGACGGAACCCACCCCCACCCAGGUCUACUUCAGAACGCCCUCGGGUGAGCUGCAGACGGUGCUUCUCCAGGAAGCCUCGGCGCUUCCCGUGCUUCCUCCAGUCGGGGCCUUGCAGGACUUCUGGCUGCUGCCUGGGGAGGAAAUGAGUGGAGUCGGGUCUCAGCCUGUGUCCCCUCCAAAGGGCUGCUCUGAGGGCCUCAAGUGCCCCUGCCACAGCUGCCGGGUGCUGCCACCUCCCGGUGCUCCCGAGCCUGGAGAGCCCCUUUUAGCUCCGGGGCCUGGAGACCCAGGGAAGAAGAAACACAUCUGCCACAUCCCAGAGUGUGGGAGGACCUUCCGCAAGACCUCCCUGCUGCGUGCCCACGUGAGGCUGCACACGGGGGAGAGACCCUUUGUCUGCAACUGGGUCUUCUGCGGGAAGCGCUUCACCCGCUCCGACGAGCUGCAGAGACACGCCAGGACACACACAGGUCUGAGCACUGCAGG